AAGCACUCAUUCCGGGGCCCCCGCAGCGAGUUUGGGUGCUAACCUUUAAACUUUGAAUGAACGAGUUCGGGGACAUCUCCGGUGGCUCAAUGACCCAGCAUGAGCGAAGUUCCCUGCAGAAAACGUGAUGACUAUCUCGAAUGGCCUGAGUAUUUCAUGGCGGUGGCCUUCUUAUCAGCACAGAGGAGCAAAGAUCCAAAUUCCCAGGUCGGUGCCUGCAUCGUGAAUGCAGAAAAUAAAAUCGUGGGCAUCGGGUACAAUGGGAUGCCAAAUGGGUGCAGCGAUGACCUCUUGCCGUGGAGGAGGACAGCAGAGAACAUCCUGGAUACCAAGUACCCUUACGUGUGCCAUGCCGAGCUGAAUGCCAUUAUGAACAAAAACUCAGCAGACGUGAAAGGCUGUACCAUGUACGUCGCCUUGUUCCCGUGUAAUGAAUGUGCUAAGCUCAUCAUCCAGGCAGGUAUAAAAGAAGUUAUCUUCAUGUCUGAUAAAUACCACGACAGCAAUGAGACAACAGCUGCGAGGCUCAUGUUUGAAAUGGCCGGGAUCUCCUUCAGGAAAUUCACACCAAAGUGCAGCCAGAUUGUCAUUGACUUUGAUUCAAUUAACAGCAGACCGAGUCAGAAGCUGCAGUGAGUGCCAUCUCAUUAAAUCUCCCGAAGAUUGGGAUUAUCCUCUUCUAAGAAGCUGCUAAUGCAUCUCAUCUUGAAGUUACACAUAACUUUUUAAUAGCUGGGACGGCCAAAGUCGACAUCUAAAGAAUAUAAAACCUCAAGUCUUCCCGACUCCCUCUCCGGUCUCAUGGAAUCUGCAUCUGUUGAAACUCUUGAUUUAGGAUUUAAAGUAAAGGCGCCGCCCCCUCCGGUCUCCGGUUUCCUGGUUCACCGGUGGCUCUGCAGAAGGGGGUCAGCCGUGUGUUAUCCACUGUUUCACAGCCACUCUUCAACACCACGUAUGCUGGCAACAAACAAAUAAUUGCGGUUGUGUUCCUUCCGGGAUGAGCAGACACCCUGCCUGAACAUCUGGCCUCGGAGGGAAGAGAGAGACCCAUAGGACAGUAGCAUUUAGGCAUUUGCUCUGGAGAGUUGAGGGGACGCCCCCACCCACCCAGAAAUCCUGCAAGGGGUGCACCUUCAUCCUGACGGGUGAUGAGCAUCGCUGAGGUGGGGGGUUCUUUCUCCACUUCUGCGGUCCUGCCACCCCCGGGGUGGUGGCACCCUGUCCCUCUAGGGGCUGGGGACCCCUGUUGUUCCAGCUUCUGACUCUUGGUUUGUGGGGGAUGCAGAGCUCUUACCUUAGCGUCUCUGAGUAACGAGUUGCUCCCGGAGGAGGCAGCCUGUCUCCCUGCCUCACCCCAGGUCCACACCCUGCCGGGCAGUGUGUUAUGUGGGUAGGCAUGCACCUGCCACCCACGUGCCACCAGGGUCCAUUUCCAAGGCUGUCCUCUUCUCGCCUAUCAGUGAAAUGGGAGCAGGUUUCCGUUUCGUCCAGGUCUGUUGGUGACGCGAGCUCCCAUGUAUGCCUGCCGCCUUGCCUUCAUCAUCGACAUGAAUCUCACCUUCCUAAUCACCACCAUUUGGGGAAUGGGUCACAGUGCACCUUGUCUUUAAUCUCAUUUAAUUCUUAUUAAAUGCGCUCAGUACCUUCGUUGAGAAAAUGGUUUCUUUAUCCUAAAGAUUAUGACCGUUUUAAAAGACUCUCCUAUUUUUAUGAGUUUUUAUUUUGUCUCUGAGGUUCUGGA